UCGUUCUGACGAGCGGGACCACCGUGACGAUCCCGAUGAAUUUUUCGCCCGAUAUAAAUCUCGAUAAUCCCUGCUCGAAGAAUUACAACGGUGCGCUCUACCUCAAGUAUAACGAGCAUCCUAAUAAGGAUAAGAUACUGUGCAAAGGCGCUGUGAACUUUCCGAGCAUCACGUUGCCCAGCAGAGACGCGACCAUUAAUUGCAUCUUGGGCUCGAGAGCUGUGAAAAAGUUCAAGCUGACUAACAAUGGACCGAUCCCUGUAAUGUAUAAGUUUUUGUGGGCGGGAGAGAGUAUCGAGAUUCACCGGGUCACGUAUGACGCUAGGAAUUUCACGGACGAUUCAGAGUUGCAAAUCAACGUGGUGGAUUGCGAGUUUGCUGCGCGCUUGUGCAAUCGCAAGGAAAAUUUGGAGGAUCGUGAGAACGGAAAUGGAUCUUCAGAGAUCUUCGCAACGUCAGCUUCAUCGUGCUACGAUCUACGGAAAACGGUGUCGGAGACUUCGCUGGCAAAAGCGCUCUGUUCGCGAGUGCUGAACGAAACGCGUGAUAAAUUGAGGAGCAUCCUUUUACCUACGGGAAGGCCGAUAGAAAUGUCCUAUUUAUCAUACUUGGAAGACCCGGAAAUUUUCGCUUUGAUGGAGUCUGCACUCAAGCCUCUUCCUCCCACGAGGGAGUCACUCGACGGGAUACUCGAUAUCGUUCCGCACGAAGGCACUAUCCUUCCACACUCCUCGCAAUAUACGUGCUUCAUUUUCCACGGCACCGAGCCCGUGCGGAUCAAAGUCGUCGCGCUCUGCGACGUUCUUCAGGGCCCCACCGAGCUAGUGAACGUCACCGCCAACGCGGACUUCGUCCACUUCUUCGUUAACAAACGAAUCAUCGAUUUCAACGAACGGUUGUACGGCGAAACGUGCCGGUCGAGCUUCACUUUAGCGAAUCGCAGCGUGAUAUCCCUCAGUUACAAGAUAAACGAGAGGAAUUUAAUAUCGAACGCGGGAAAAAGCGGCCACGCAAUCAACGCGUUAACGGUCCGGCCGAAUAAAGGAACCAUAGAUCCGCUAUCGUCGAUGGAAAUUGAGAUCGAAUUCCAACCGACGCUGCUCGGCGCUUUCGAAAUCGAGCUAGAACUGCAAGUAGCUCAUAUAAUUCCGCAGAUAAUUACCGUGAAAGGCGUUACAAGUUACCCGCAAGUUUACCCCUGCAUCCCACGCGAAGAUAUUUUUCAGCGGCAUUCCGUUGAAUUGGGUUACCGAGCGAUCCAAUUAUUAACUUCUAAUUAUCUCGCGAUGAGACGACAAGUGAUGAUGCAACUCGAUGAUAUGGACGAUAAUAGACCGUGGACUCGUAUACCCGAAUGGGACGAGAAGAUUCUAUCACGUGAUCUAUGGGACCUGAUCACGCCCGAGGAAAUCUUUCCCAGCGUAGUCGAGAUCGAAAUGGCUAUCGACAGACUCCUGGCGACUCGUUUCACCGAGGAGAAUGCAUCCGUCUUGAUGAAACAUUCCAUUCCGCAUAAAAAGGCCGUCCUUCCUCGUCUCUACGUUCCUGAAUACGUCAUAGACAUGGGUUUCGUCGCGAUCGAUCUCACAGCGCGUUACUCGACGACGAUUAUCAAUUACGGACCAUGGAGCGUGGAAAUCGCGAUAAAGAAAUUAGAUAAGAAACAACUUGAGAAUUCCGGUAUCGUCGUGCAAUUUAAGAAGGUGCUAUUGAAAGUCGGGGAAACUGCACCCUUGGUUGUUACAUGGCGACCGACAUCGGCCGGAUACACCGAGAGAAGCACGAAGGAACAACAUACGAUUCAUUUAGAAGUAUCCCGCGGUCCUACCAUCCCGAUAAUCAUAAAAAGCGUCGUCACCUAUCCGUUCGUGAGCCUGAACACGAGAUCGUUGGACUUCCAAACUGUCAUCGUGGGGGAAUGCUUAAUGAUGAGCGUUCUGCUGAAGAACGAAGGCUUCAUCAAUUGUUGCUGGGAAGCGAAAAUGACGAGCAAUACUCGCAAGAGACAGAAGGAUUGCCAGUUCCAUUUGAGCUACAAACCGGAGAUUCUUUCACCGGGUCGUUCGAAUAUCAUCAAUGUCUACUUCAAGCCGCGCAAAACGUGUUAUGCGACGGCGAAAGUAAAAAUCAUCGUCGACAUGGGACUGGAGGAGCAAACGAUAACACUGCGCGGUCAUGGGACAGAGCGAAAAUUGCAGAUAAGCGAAUCCGACAUCGAUUUCCCACCCUCGGUUCCGUUCACCGGAGUGCGGGAGAAAAUAUUUACGAUCGAGAAUGUUUGCGAGGACCCGGUGGAAUUUUUUUGGCAUCAUCUCGAUAGUCUUUUUCCGGAAGAGGAACGGGCGGCCGAGGUGCUGAUUCGUUACUACGGAGUUAAAGAAAUCCUAUUACCGCCUCGAAAACUCGGAGAGAGAAUGCCGACGUUUUUAAUGGAAUUCUAUAAUAGCCUCGUGAGCGAGAUGGAGUACGCUUUGUCAGCGAGAACGAUCGAGGAAGGAACUGUCGCUACUUUAAACGAACAAAGUCCUGAAGAUCUUCUCUCCGAGCCGAUAUGGUUGACGAAGAAUCCCGAAGAGAUUCAGCUUAUGCUCAUUUGCUACGUAGAAGCUCUGCGCGAGGAACUAAAUUUCUCGGAGGAAAUGAAAGAUCCCGUGAAGGAACUGUUUGAUAGUCUCGAGAAAAGCCCAAUUCCAGAACCCGACCCUACGCAACCGGCCAAAAAAGUCUGCAUUAUUUUUCACGGCGCGCCGUUUACCGAAUAUCAAGAAGCCGCAUGUAGAAGCGCCAAGGUGUUGCACGUGCCUUUACUAUGCAUAGACAACGCUAUGAUUGAAGGAAUUGCACUCGGCGACAACCAGUGUUCUGUCGAACUGCGGCGGAUCAUUGACGACGCGUAUCAGGAGUACUUGUCGGAACUGGAGAAAUAUGAAGACGUUUUGGGAAUUUCUCUGCACAGGACGGAAAUAACCAGAUUUGCGGAACAUAGCGAAGAGGAGACAGUAGCGAACGAAAUAUCACCUGAAAGUCCGAAAUCAUCGAAAAUGACUAAAUCUAAUUUGAAAACGGCGACGAAGAUCAAUAGACAUUCAGGAAGUGACGUGCCACCUCCUGAAUCAAUCAUUCCACUUGAAAGAGGACUCGCAAAAAUUCUGCGAGAGCAAGAUUUGAAAUUCUUAGAUCCCGUGAGUCUUUACGAAUUUAAGAUUCAAACGAUCCUGCAGCUGCAGAGAAAUAUGUUGCGUUACGCGACGAAAUCGGCGGGAGACAAAGUCGGCGAGAAAAGCACCGAGAAGAAUCAGGAUGAUACUUUUCUCGGAUUCGACGUUCACUUAUUAGCCGAAGUUCUGCGAGAAAGACUGUCGUUGUCGGAUUUCAAGAAGGGCUUUGUGCUGCAGACUUUGAACAACGUCUUUAUCAGAAACGAAAUUACGACGCUACUCGUAUUGCUCGAUAUCGUUGGGCACUUAGAAUAUUCGUUGUUUGUGACUUUUAUAAACUCAAUGGAUAAAUAUAUUCGAAAGAUGAAUGAAUUGCGAGAAUUAGAAGCGAGAAGAUUGAUGGAAGAAACUAAUAAAAGAAUCCAAGAAAUUGACGAAAUGUGGUUAUCCGAGUAUGAGCUACUUGCAGAAGAUGAGAAGAAAUUCUAUCUGGAAUCGACUUUGCCGAUAAAGAAGCAAGAAACUCUACAAAGGCGAAUACAAUUUCUACAACAGAUGACAGAGUUGAGAAAACGAAAAAAGUCAUCACGCAAAUCUUCCAAGGCAGACAUCGUGAAAAAUAGGGAAACGAAUAAAAUAACGAAGGAUGAGAAAUCCAACAAUCAAAAAGAAAAAUUUCAAAUUGCCGAAGCUCCAGUCAGCAAGAAAGCGAUUCAGAAUUCUAAAGAACUGAAAAAAAAAGACGAUUCGAAAGAGAAGCAGGAAAUGUCAGAGGAACUGGAAAAUAUUGCCAAAGCCAUGAAUAAUUAUCACAGCAAUCUCUCGGUCAUAGAAAACAUCAUUAAAAAUUGGGACCCUCUUAAGAAGGACACGUCGCUCACGACAAAUGGCAAAAUCGUGAAAACCGAUAAACCAGGAGACAAGGGUCCCGACAUCAGUGAGAAGCAGACUCACGCGAACGAAUUUCAUAUCUGGUAUGUAAACGCCAUGGAUCCGUGGGAUCGGAUAAUGUACGACUUGGUGGUUAAUCAGAUGAGUGAAAAUAGUCUCGCCAAAGAAGCUCUCCAUGUUGAAAUUUCACCGGAGCCGGAUCUCCAGCCGAAGAGAUACCAUAUUCUCAAGCCAAGUUACAUAAGAAAACGAGACGACGGGAGUGAUGGAACCUAUGAAAUCGUCUCGUUGUCCGCGAUGCUCGAGUCCACGCUCGCGACGGUCGAUUCCUCGAGCGUGAGCGCGAUUAAUAAUCAAGAGAAUCACGUCGAGAAUACUAAACGUAGAGAACGAUCACAUCUCGUCGAUAAAACCGAAGACGCUAUAUCGUUGAACGCAUCCACUAUUGAGAGUAAAGACACCGUCGGAGCUAACGCGAGCACAAUAAUGCUCGAGGAGACGAAGCCGAAGCCACGAUGGAUUUUGCAGUCCGGUGAGAGUCAGAAAUUCAAGAUCCGAUAUCAACCCGAGGAAAUGGGAACUCACCAAUGCACAUACGCGUUAUCCGUCAUCGACGGUGGUGACAUAACUUACAACAUCAACGUUCGUGGAAUCGCGGAUCUCCCGAGACUGGAUAUGAAUCCUAAUGCGGUCUUUUCAAAAGUUGAAAAAGUAAAGAUUGCCGACAUACACGAUCCUGCGUACUUCUCUGACAUUGGCGCUUACGAUUUCGGAUCCUUAUUGGCGUUUCGAGAGGACAAAAGUGAGCAUCGUCGUGAUACGGAAUUUAAAUUCUGCAACACUUCGAAAAUUGAUGCGGAAGUGUGCUUCUAUUUAAAGGAAAAUAUUCCGGAUAUUUUCAUUUUGAAGGAAGAGAAGCUUUACAUUCCGGCUGAACAAUGCAGAUUGUUGAAGAUAUCGGCGGGUGUUACGAAACCGGGCUUGUUUACCGACGAGAUGUAUAUAUGUGUGACGAAUAAUCCUCACGUCGAUACAUUCCAGCUUCGGUGUAGCGGCUCGAAAUUGGAUAUAGCACUUGAAGACAAACAAGUGUCCUUCGGCCAAGUGCUUCUGUAUAGGAGAGACUUUCUCACUAGUGUCAUUCGAAACAGAUCCCCGAUUCAGAUCUUCUGGCGUCUGGUUCCUGACGAAUCCUUGAAUUCUCAAAUAUCAUUCGCGCCGAACAGCGGAAUUGUGAAAGCAGGGAAUGAUCAAGAAAUUGAAUUCUGUUAUCACGCCAGCAAAAUUGGAACGGUCGACAUGAGCUUGACUUUCGACGCUUUCUUCCACGAGAACGACGUGGAAUCGAUUUUUACGGAAACACUCGCUCUAUCUGGAGAAACUUACGACGUGGCUGUUGACAUUAAUCAUGCAAAUCCAAUUGACUUAAAAUGCGUGAAAGUUGGCUUCCCUACAAGUGCAAACUUCACAAUAAACAAUCGAGGAAAUUACGAAGUUAAAUAUGUCAUACUUCUGGAGGGGCGAGACAAACAUGCCACGAUCGUGCCAAAUUUACCCGCCAGACUGAAGGAAGACAUCGAAAUUAGUCCUGCGUCUGGUUCUAUAAAAUCGCAGGAGGAGAAAACCGUAGAAGUAGAUUUUUUUAGACAAUUUUUUUUAUUUUUCGCACAUCAUUCUUACACGAUCAAAUGUCAGAAAUUGAAAGAAAUUGUCUGCCUAAUAGUAAGAAAUGUAACUUUUUUACCGAAGAACGAAAUUACCCUGAAAGAGUGUCCGAUACUUCAAUGUAACCUUCUCGACACGAACAAGCAAGCCGUCGUAAUUGCGAAAAUCCCACUGACAGUUUCUCUAGUUGCUUAUUACACUAGAUUCCGCGUUUAUCCUUAUCCUGAGAUAAAUUUCACCUCGAUCGGCGUGUGCACCGAAAAGACGAUGCACUUGCAUGUGGAAAAUAUCGGACAGUUCCCGCUGCAUUAUUUCAUUCAGGAAACACCUAUCAGCCAUCCGUCGGUCGCCUAUAUGACGCAGGUUAAGAAGGAAGACACAAUCAAAAAGGAUAUCGACAAAGCGACGGAUACAUCAAGCAGAAAAAAUAAAAACAACAUGUCAGAAUUUAUGACCAAGUUGCAAGCCGGCCCUUUCACCGUAACGAAGACCGAGGGAAACGUCCAACCGGGCAAGGUCGAUACCGUAACGAUCAAAUGUUACCCGGAAUUUGUAGGUUCUGAAGAAGAGCAAAUAUUAAUUCUCGUGCCAGACAGUGUCCCCGAGGACAAAAGCGGCAAAUUAGUAACUCUUUCCGUCAACUCUUACUUGCCCCGAGUCGAUUUUUAUAAUCUCGACGCUAUGUUCCAUGAGAAUUACAUAGUAGAGCGCAUUCAGGACUUUGUUUGCCCAAAAGAAGUUGGCGCGCAUACUGUGUUCGCACGUGAAGAAAGAUGCUUGUAUUUUCGGCAAGUCAUGGUAUGCCACACUCACAAAGCGUAUUUUAUGCUGCAUAAUCGAAACAUGAUACCUGCCGACGUAGAACUGACUUUACAUCGGAAUUCACCUCUAUCAGCAACCUUUGAACCUGAUACUUUCGUAGUGACACCCGAGAGAGAGCGCAUACCGCCCAUGAGUCGGAAGAGAUUCGCGAUUUCGUUCAACCCAACGUUACUAGAGACAUACCACGCCGUUUUCGGAAUAGAGGUCGAGCAGCCUUCGCACCUGAAGGACGAAAAAUUUCUCGUUAAAUUAAUGGGACAGGCCUGCGUGCCAGAAGUGACAAUAGUGGAACCGCCGAAUGGAAAACGAGAACGAGCUGUACUAAAUUUCGGCCGUACGCUCGUAAACGAUUCCGAUGUGAGAAGUUUCGCUUUCCGGAAUGUCGGCCUAAUACCGGCCAAGGUGAUCGUCGAGAUCAUCGAAAUCGACGAGGAUCCGAAAUUUCUCUUUACCCUCGGCACCCGCGACAAUGGGGAGGACUCGACGAACGGAUUGCGGGAUUACGGAGUUGAACACAUGUCGAACAAUCGAUGCGUCGUGGUUCACUUAACGCCCGGGGAAACGGCCUCGGUCGAAGUGAAAUUCAGCCCGUGGGAGAUCGGCAAGUACAAGGGUCUGGUGCGAUUAUUUGUCGCUGAUAAUCCCUACGAGAAUCUGACAAUCGACCUGAAAGCCGAGGUGUACGCGGAAUUAAUUGUAUUGAAAGAUCUGAAACUUGUAAACGCGAAGUCCGCUGUUACCAACGAGAGACGGGAGUUAAAUUCCAAACUGCGAAGAUCGUCGUCACGGCCGGACAGCGUAUCAGGAGACUCAUCAUCGACGUUGCUCUCCGCUUCGUUGAUCUACAGGUUGGAUUUCGGCUGCUGCUUCGUCAACAAAAUAUACAGGAAGAAUUUUAAGAUCGUUAAUAAAUCGGCGGAUCGAUACUUACGAUUCCAAUGGGACGAACAUCCCAACGUUGUAUUCACUCCGUCCAUCGGUCAUCUUAAGGGUCUCACCUGCAAGGAAAUUGUCGCGACGUUCCUCUCUUCGGAACCGGCGAACUACGUCGAUACGCAUCUCGAUUGUACAAUUUACGCGAUCGAGCUCGUCGAUCUCGCGAAAGAACCGUGCUGGGACGAUCGGGAAACGGAAGUGCGAUGGGUGACGAUCAAUUCCGACGAUGCGGCGGAUGAGCAGGAGACAAAUGCGGAAACGUACGCGAGAAAAGUGGUCGAGCCCGUUCACGAGCCGAGCCACGAAAUCGUACCUGGCACGACGAAGUGCAUCCAAGUGUUGCUUAACGCGAUCGUGGCAUUCUCCAAGUAUUCUUGUCUCGUUAAGGAGAUCAAUUUCAAGGAUACGCUAAUGUUUCAGACACGCGAAUAUGUAUUCACCUUCUCGAAUACCGGCACUGUCGACGUUGAGUACACGUGGUGGAUAAACAUGGACGAACAGUAUCCGAUAAGACGGACCUCAAAUUACUCGCGACCCACGCUGAGGCCACGAGGAAACACGAGAUCUGUGACUAAUCCGUCAGCACGCCCGACUCACGUUAUCGUCGAGAUCAAGCCACCUGCUAGCGUCGGCGAGCCGUCUGAUCUCUUCAGCAGCAACGCCGGUUUGACGGAGAGAAGUAGCGACAGUUGGUUAGAGAGUGACGAUUUGCCAUUUGGAAUUUACCCCGAAAAGGGAAUACUACCGCCGGGUGAAUCGAUACAAUGCACCCUACGAUUCUCACCUGUGGACGUGUUCGACUACAAAGCGUAUCUCACGUGCAAAGCGGAGAAUCUCGAUCCGGAACUGACCAAGUUGGUUAUUCCCAUCGCGGGAAGAAGUUUGCUGCCGUAUUGUCACUUCGACGUACCGGAAAGCAACUAUCUGUCCGACGAUAGACGCGACGCGAAACUCCCGGGGCCCAUCGAUUAUCAAGCUGCGGCCGAUGGCUCGCUUCCGGCAGACACGAGAGUAAUUGAGUUCAACGUGGUUGGAAUCGGCGAGACUCACGUGAGAAAAGUCCGAAUGAUAAAUCCGACAUCGGACGAUUAUCAUUUCGCAUGGAAUGAUCGAACCUGUCAUGCGGAAGGCGCGAUUCCGAAUUUCCACUGCGUGCUGUCGGAGGGAAUCGCUGAGCGGGGAAAACAGGUCGAGUUCGCCUUCGCGUUUCUCGCGGAGCGCGUCGGCACCCUCGAGUCCUUCUGGUUAUUCUCCAUCGAGAAGUACAGUCUGGAGUGCCUCUUCUUGUUGGUCGCGAUUGUUAGGGAACCCUCGGUCUAUUGUCCGCUCGUUCAUCUAAGGAUGAGACCGACUGUUUUGGGUACUAAAGUGCGGGAAUCAAUAAGCAUUGUCAACGAAGAAGAAUUCCAGUUGCUGUACGAGGUAGCACGCGAGUCUUUGUAUUCCGAGGGGCGCUUGCAGAAUUUGAAAGUAACACCUAUGAGCGGCAUUUUAAAUGCAAGGAGCGAACAGGUCCUAUGGCUCGAGUAUCAGCCCACUUUGGCCGGUGAAUUUCAAUUUCUCGUAAAGUGCGCCGUGAAAAAGAUGAAGGCGCCACUUACUAUCCUCGUUACGACGAUUACGUACGACAUCGUCGUGUCGGUUACCUACGUUGAUCGGAGCGGUCGGGUCGUGCGGCUCGAUCAAGAUCAAGAAAAUAUCGUCGAUUGCGGCAGACUGAUGCUGAAAGUGCCCGUCGUGAUCACGUUUGAAAUAACGAACUCGAGCGAAAUGACGAUUUACUAUUUUUGGGAUCUCGGCAUGACGCCGGAAAUAAUCAGCAGAAACACGUACACGCUCGCGAUGUCCGAAAAUCAGGGUGACGCUAUCAGCGAGUCGCGAGUUGACUGUCGACUUACCGUCACGGGGUUACGAAAAACGGUGAUAAAAAGUCAUCGCGUUCUAUUGAAGAUUUCGAGAGGGCCGACGUAUCGAUUAAUCUUGAAAGCGACAGCGAAUAAACCGGCUUUGGAAUUCAGUUUCAAUCAUUACGAUUUUGGGCCUUGCUACGUACAAGACGCCAUUGCUGCGGUUUGGAAUCACGUCGAUCUGCGUAUUACAAAUUUCGACAGCAUCCCGUACAUGUGUGUGAGCUGUUCAUCGCACGUCAAUCAAGAUCAAUUAAUGCGAGAGAUUGAUUUCCUUAGAUUGGAGUGCAAGUUCGAAGAGAAGCCGCAUAUCUCCGUGAUCCUCGACGCUCUUUCGGAAAAAAUAACUGCCCGAUCGAACAUUGUUGUCCCGAUAAAAUUCCGACCGUUGGAACGGACGCGCUAUCGAGACGAGCUACGUUUCACAAUCGAUUCGGCGAUUGAGAAGAAAAUCACUAUAAUGGGUGAAGGAAUCGCGUACAAGGUUCAUUUGGUAAACCCGUGCGACAAGUCAGUGGAUCUCGGCAAUUUGCCGAUUAAUAAGACGACCAGCAAGAGGAUACCGGUGAUCAAUGAGGGGCGCGCCGCGCUCGAGUUGCGGUUCGACCUCACAAAGCGCUUGUCAGGAUUCGAGCCUCGUGAAGGAAUCCAACCGUGUUCGAAAAGGACCGUUCCCGGGGAUGGUUCUAAGCUGGAUCGAACGCGAGCGUCGAUGAUAGAGAUGCCAAGCGCGGGCACCAAUGAAGCGGCCCCGAUCCAACCCGAUCUGUCUGAGGUUCUCGAAGUCGAGCCGACAGGAUCGAUCGUCCUACAGCCGGGUAAAAUCGUCAAUGUCUUCGUCAAAUACAAGCCCACGCGCAGAAUACGCCCCUUCGUCACCCAGGUGGCGUACCAGACUGCUUCCACCGUUCAGCCGUUGUUCGCCUUGCGUGGCAGUUGCAUAGGAAGGGAGUUCCGUUUGAGCAAGACUCGUCUUUCCUUCGGUUUCGUCCAUCAAGGUUGCCUAGAGGAGACGAAGAUAGCGCUAUUGAACACCGGGGACAUUGGCGCAAGAUUCAAGUGGAACACGUCGAAAUUGCCAUGGGAAUUUAGCAUCGCUCCUGCGGCUGGCUAUUGCUCUCCCGGCAUGAGUGUCAACUUCAUCAUCAGUUUCCGACCUACUCGGCAUGACAGUUUGAUCGAGGGCGAUGCGUUGCUCGAAAUCGAGAAAUAUGGUGCUCUCGGUGUAAGAAUCACAGGGGGUUGCCGCAAACUGCCGGAUCCGAUCGACAUCUUGUUCUUCACAUGUCGCGUGCGUGAGAAACUGACCAAGACACUGAUUGUCGAGAAUGACACCGGUGUUCCAUGGACAGUGAAACCGGAAGUCACCGGCGACUACUUCACCGCUGACGAAAUUUUACGCGUGCCGCCGAAUAAUUCCGCCUCAUGUGCAAUCACCUAUGCCCCUCUAGUUAUGAACAGCGACAGCAAUCCGCAUAAGGGGACGUUACUUUUGAGGCUGCCGAAUGAAAAAGCGCUCGUGGUGUAUGUUCUUCAGGGACUGAGCGUAGCCCCGCAAAUUCUUCGCAGAAUUACACGUCAGUUCCCGGCGAAGACAAGGUUCACCGAACUGUUACCUGUUUAUAAUUGGACGAAUAGGCAACAACGGUUUGACUGCAAGAUCGAAAAUUUAGACGACGAGGAAACGGCCAAGGAUUUUGCGUUCACUUUCGUCGGUAACACUAAGAUAGACGUACCAGCGAAUAAUCAGCGAGAUUAUCGCGCCGAAUUUCACUCUUACAAGGAAUCAAAGUGCAACUUCAAGGUGACGUUCACCAAUCAAGAGAACGAAUAUCAAUUUUAUGAGCUGCAAUACAACAUCACGAGACCCGAAGAGAUUGAGUCGAUUAAGCUGUUCACCACGGCGCGAAUUCCGGUGUACUACACUCUGAAGCUCGAUAAUCCGCUUAAGCAGCAACGGAUAGUAUACAAUGCGACGUGUCAGCAUCCAUACGUCACGAUCUACAACGUACCCAAGACGGUGGCGCCUACAUCCAGCGAAACCAUCAGGGUCGAGUAUUACCCUGUACACCCCAGCGACGAAACUGUGGUGAAGCUGGACGUUCAUUGCGAGGAACUCGGUUUGUUCCCGUACGAAUUGCGAUUAAGGGCCGCGCCGGUACACGCGGAGGAGACUACACGCGUCGUCGCGACACUCGGAAGCUGCAUCACCUUCUCCUUACCCAUCAGCAAUUUCACGAAAGAGAGCGCCGUGUUCGCGAUCAAGGUGGACAAAGAGUGCUUCGUGGCCCCGAGGAAGAUCGAAGUGCCGCCACUGAAGAGCGCCUCGUGUGACGUCACCUACGAACCUAGCGACAUCGAGAAUGUCUUCGCCACUUUAACAGCUACUUCCGAAAUCGCCGGAGAAUUUAUAUUUCCACUCGUCGGCAUGUAUUCAUUACCGAUGCCUCGAGGACCUUACGUAGUCAGAUGCAACGCACCGGCUCUCAUACCAUUCAAAAACAUAUUCAGAGAUGCCAAAUCGUUCGAGCUUGUCUUGGACGACCCUCAAGCUUUCACCACCACGACGUCGUUGCUGAAUGUCAAGCAGAAACAGGUGGUCGAUAUAGCUGUUCGUGUAACAGAUAUUUCAAAAAGAGAUGGUGAAUAUUAUCAAGAAUCAGAAAAUUAUAUCUACCCAAUAACCGGAAAACUCCUGGUGUACUGUACGGAUCCAAAGCUUUCUCACAUCAAGUGGACUUAUUAUUUAAGAGGUGUACGUGAUUAA